AUGUUGAUAGAAGGCGACUUUGUCUUAUUAAGAGUUUCACCGUACAAAGGGAUCGCUCGUUUUGGUGUGAAAGAAAUACUUACGCCAAGAUACAUUGGACCAUUCCAAAUCAUACAACGAGUCGGUGUCGUUGCUUAUCGCCUCGCCUUACCUCCUGAGUUAUCUCACGUGUACAAUAUGUUACAUGUUUCUAUACUUUGCGAGUGUAAACCCGAUCCAGAAGCUAUUGUGCAAUGGUACGACGUGCCAAUCCAGUAUGACACGACUUACGAGGAAGUACUAGUUCAGAUUCUCAACCGAAAGAUGAAGAGUUUACGCCGUCGUGAGAUACCAUUAGUGAAAGUGUUGUGGCAACACCAUGGUGUUGAGGAAACGACACGAGAAUUAGAAGCAUCGAUGGAAGAACAAUACCCACAUAUGUUCAUAUCCUGA